AUGUCCCAUGCCGGCACUGCGCCCGGAGGCAAGGUUCGCCUCACCAACUAUCCCGCCAUCGCCAAUGCACCGCUCCCUGCCGAGGGCAAUGGUUCCUUCAACAACAUUCACCUCGCUCUCCUUGUCCUCCUCACCCCCGCUGUGCUGCUGCGAGUCAUUCCCUUCAUCAAGCCAAGCUGGUUUUCUUGGUUUGGCUAUUUCUUCCUCGUCGCCCUCACUGGUGUCCCCGUCACGGUCGGCUACUGGACUGUCAUGAGCCACAUUGGCCCUCGCAAGAACGAGAAGGUUCAGCUCCCUGGCAAUCCACUGGACCACUACAUUACCAUCAAGGACGCCAAGCUCAAGGCAAAGUACGCAAACAAGAAGAUCCCGAUGGAGAUCUUUUACGAAGCCUACUUUGACGGACUGAUUGACAUCAAGGGCGACAUGCUCGAGCUUCUCGAGCACCGACUCGACUGGUCGCUGAUGCACAUGACCCCUGAGCUGUUCAAGUUUGUCUUUACCGUCCUCAUCCCCGACGUGCUUACCCACUCGGCAAAGGCAGACGAAGACAUGGUCCGAGACCACUACGACCGAGGCGACGACUUCUACGAAUGGUUCCUGGGACCGCAGAUGAUCUACACGUCGGGCAUCGUCACUGAUCCAACACGCAAAGAGACGCUCGAGGAGCUGCAGGACAACAAGCUGGCCACCGUCUGCUCCAAGCUGGCCCUCAAGCCGGGCGAGAAGCUGCUCGACAUUGGCUGCGGCUGGGGCACCCUGACUGCGUUUGCAGCAAAGAACUUUGGCGUCGAUGCGACUGGUGUCACCCUGGCGCGCAACCAGACCAAGUUUGGCAACGAACGCAUUGCCAAGAACGGGCUGACCAAGGACCAGGCCAGGAUCCUGUGCCAGGACUACCGCGACAUUCCCGUCGAGAGGGGCUACUACGACAAGAUUUCGAGCCUGGAAAUGGCAGAGCACGUCGGCAUUCGCCACUACUCGCGCUUCCUCGACGACAUCUACCAGCGCCUCAACGACGACGGUACCUUUUUGCUCCAGGUCGCCGGCCUGCGUCCCCAGUGGCAGUACUGGGACCUGAUCUGGGGCUUGUUCAUGAACAAAUACAUCUUCCGUGGUGCCGACGCCUCGUGCAGCCUCGGCUGGGUCAUCAACAAGCUCGAGGCCGCCGGCUUCGAGGUCCGCAGUGUCGACGUCCUCGGUGUCCACUACAGCGCCACGAUCCAGCGCUGGCUGGAGAACUGGAUCAGCAACGAGGACAAGGUGCGAGCCAAGUACGGCGAGCGGCUGUGGCGCAUCUGGCUCUUUUUCCUCGCCAGCUCCGUCAUCAUUGCCAGGGAAGGCGGCUCGAGCCUAUUCCAGAUCACCUGCACAAAGAAUCUCAACGCCACGCACCGCAUCGAGGGCGUCUUUUCCCACAACAACAUUCACCCCAAGCCCCCGCGCUCGUUUGAGAGCGUCUACAACAAGGGCGAUGCCCAGCUGCCUUGA